AUGGGAUGUCUUUUUGGAAAAUAAGAAUAAGCACAAAACAGAUAUCAGAUGAAAGAAUAUGAUAAAUUUAAAGUUCUACAAUUAAGUAUAAUGAUUAGUUAAUAUCAUCUAAGUUCAAAGUAGCGAAGAGAUGUUUUUAAUUUUUAAUCUUUAGGUAUAUUUAUUACUAAAUAGGGUGCAUGGUAUAUGAAAUAUUUAAACUUGUAGGAAUCACUGGAUUUUUCAGAAAUGUGAUGGCAAACUUUUAAUGUUUUUAAGUAAUAAUAAAAUCAUUACAUUCAUUCUUAGGUUAAGUACAUCAAGAUCAAUAGAUAUUCUCUUAAUUGUUUCCAAUAAGCAAAUAAAGUUUUAAAUUAGUUGUAAUCUAUUCAAAAUAUACCUCAAGCUGAGCAAUUUACCUAAAGCUUUAUUUUACUCGAUAAUAUAAUCUGAUGAUGCCUUUUUAAAAAAGAAUAUGAUCAAUAAAGAAGAAGUUUUUAAUGAACAAUACUCAUGUUUUGAUGAGUCUGAAAUCGAAAUGGAAUAAGAGCCAGAAAUUGACAUGGGAAAUUAAUCAUUAGACCUUUCUGGUAUUGACAAUAAUAAUAAUAAUAAUGUAUCUCCAAUAAAGAAAGCCAAUUUUGAAGAUGAUAAAAUUAAUCAUUAAAAGUUAAUCUUAGAUUACUUAGACCAUUUUUGUCCUCAAUCUGAAUAAUAAUAUUACGAAUGGUUGAUUAGUGAAAAAGUUAUUUAAUAUCUCCAACAAUCAUUAAUUAUGAAUUUAUGGUUUAAUAAAUUGGAUUUAGAAGAAAGAUUUGUUUGGCAAAAAACAGAUAGUAAUGCCUUUGUGAGAAGAAAAUUUUAAUUAAUUGAAAAUAAAUUGCUUAUUCUUUAUGGAUCAGAAAGUUAAGAUAUUAUCGGUAUAUAAUUAUAUUAUUAUUAUUAUUAUUAGAAAUCAUUCCAUUGGCAUAUUCAAUUAUCUAAGAAAUUCCGAAACAAUAAUACGUGAAUAAAUUUGGAAUUACUAUUAAGUGUGAUAAAUUAAAGAUAGAAGCUUAACUGUUUUUCGAUACUCUAAUAGAAUUGCAUUAACUAUAUUGCCCUUAUUCCAAGAAGUAUUAAAUAUUAAAUAAUAAUAAAAAAACACAUAUUGAAUGCGUUAACAAAUCAUUAGGAUUAAAAUUAUCAAUUUAGCAAUUUUAAUUGGAUAACAGUUCGAUUUCUAAUUUAAUAAUUCAUGAUUCAGUUUCAAAUUUUAAAGGUGUUAUUAAGUGUCAUGAAAUUCAAUUUCAAAAUGCCAGUACAAUAUUUUAAAUUUGUGAAAAUAUCCCAUUUACUCUUGAUGAAUAUUUGUCAUAGAUAAAAUAAUUCAGUGGUAUAUAGUAUUUUAAUUACUAGAAUUUCAAAUAAGAUAGAUAGCCAAAUAGUUGUUGGUUACAUUUAAUUACAUUCAUAUGAUGGGUAUAAUUAUUGUUUGCUUAAAUCCUAAUUAGAUAGUAGUAAUUCCCAAUAAAUAGGAACCAGAUUCUAUUGAAAAGAUUGCUAUUUGCAAUUUCAGCUAUUCCACUUACCAAUUCAAACUCUAUAAUAAACAAAAGUUAUCUGAAUUUGCAUCUCCUGAAGUGAUGAAAGGAUAAAUGUUUGAUGAAUUAGUAGAUUCCUAUUUAUUAUACAAAUUAUUGACCUAUGUUAUAAGAGGAUAACAAUUAUCUCCAAACUUCAAAGAUUUGUUAAGUAAACUGGAGAAGUAAAUACCUAUAGAGUAGGCUUUGUAACACGAACUGUUUAAGGACGAAACAAUAACAAAAAAAGCAAUUGAAAACAUGGUUAUAUUGAAGAACUGAUAAUUAAAUGAAUAUAAUAGAGCAG